GUUGUAUAUUUCCAAAAGUUGAUAAGGCAACUGCAGUCAUGAUUGAUACUGCGACGCCACCUGAAUGGACUGAUAGUGAAUUUUGCGAGCGAUGUAGAGCGCCAUUUACCAUGAUAAAUCGAAAGCAUCAUUGCAGAAAUUGUGGUCAUACAUACUGUGGUGAUUGUUCUUCUAAAACAACAACAUUACCGCACAUUGGUAUAAAUGACCCUGUGCGUGUGUGUGACACAUGUUACAUGAAUAAACAAUUUAAAGCAAGAAGCAUUAACCCUGCAGAUUUCAAGCAAUAUUCAAGUUCUGCGCAACCCACAUUAUACUCAAAUUCAAUUUCGCCUGUUGUUAACGGAAAUCAUAAUACAUCGAGUCCUCAAAAUACGGAUAAUGAGGAUGACGCGGAUUUGAAAAAAGCAAUUGAGCUUUCCUUAAAAGAGGCUGAAUUUAAUAAAAACUAUGUGCAGCCUGUACUACAAAAAUCUGUAAAGAAAAUUGAGCCUGCAGAACAAGAGAAAGAAGAUCUAGCUGCUGCUAUUGCGGCUUCCCUCCAAGACAUACAUAUCA